AUGACUUCACGCCCAACUGCGGACCCGGCAGACAGCUCGCUCUCGACCUCCCCCCAAAGCGACACGUACUCCAGCAGCCCGUCGCGCGCCAGCCUCAAGGAGACCGUCAAGAUUGCUUCCACCCAAGGCCCCGCUGUCGAUGCCAGCCAGCAACGUCCCGGACUAGUCUCUCGCGCCUCGGAGAGUUCAACCAGGACCAUUCGACCCCGCCAUCAUCUACGCAACAAGAGCAGCAGUGUUGUUCCCACCGUCUCCACGCUCAACGUCGGCACCGCGCCCUCGACCCGCCAGUCCAAGUCGCACCCAAAAUCAAACACCAUGGCCCAGCACACCACGGGCACCUCGUCUGGCGCCGCCGACCUGCUUAGACAGGCCAUGACACGAGCCACCAACGACAGCAACGAAGACGGACACGACCAGAUCGGCUCCACCAGCUCCACGCCACCGGGUGCCACGACACCCAAGCCCGACCCGACGGACAAGCGACUGCCGGGUAUUCUGCACAGUUACUUUGGCCAGGUUCGUGAUUCUCUUAUGCCCUCGCGGAAGUCCUCCUCCACGGUCAACCCCUCCCCCGCACCCGUCACUUCUCAGGUCUCGGACCCCCGAGAGAAGGAGCAAGAGUCAACCACCCACCCCAGCAUGCUGCCCAGCCCCGCCCCCAGUGCCUCUUCCCGAACUCCCUCAACCUCGCAGUUGGCUGGUGAAGCGGAGAAGCUAACGCAAGGCGAUUUUGCGCCGUUGCAACAGGCUACACCUCCCCAGACACCGCGCACCCGCUCCCAAGAAGCAAAGCCCGUGCCCUCGAAUCUAUCCCGCACCUCAAAUGCGUCCGACGAAUCCAAGGAGAGCAAGACGGCUCCCGUAGUGGCGCCCAAGGGCAAGCUCUCAGUCACAAUCUCCGAGGGACGGGGUCUGCGGCCCAGCACAGACCCCUACGUUGUCUGCCAGUUCCAAUGGGCUGAGUACAUCUCAGACGGGCCCAGGCACGAUGAAUCGAAGCGACCGCCCAUGCAGAUGAAGCGAACCGAGAGCCAGAUGGGCACUCCAAUGGCCAUUCCUAUGAAGAGCCGACAGAGCAGCAACAGCGGCCACAGCUCAGAUCCCAGGGAGAACGGCUCCCUGGAGGAAGUGACGAGCCCCAAGUGGGAGCACGAAGCCAUGUUUGACGUUGUGGGCGACCAUGCCGAAAUCGACGUCUCCGUUUACGACCGCGCCAACGGCGAGGCUUUCCUCGGCCACGUCCGCUUCUGCCCAAACCUCGUCGAAUACAGCGAGCCAUACGACGGCUGGUUCCCGCUAGAGCCCCGAGAGGGCGAGGGAGGUGUUGUUACCGGAGAGAUUCACCUGAAGCUCAACUUCCAAAAGGUCGAGAAGAAGCACUACGGUCCCGAAGACUUUGAGAUUCUCAAGCUCAUCGGAAAGGGCACAUUCGGCCAGGUCUUCCAAGUACGUAAGCGGGACACUCGCCGCAUCUACGCCAUGAAGGUGCUUUCGAAGAAGGUCAUCGUGCAGAAGAAGGAGGUGGCACACACACUGGGAGAACGCAACAUCCUCGUCCGAACGGCCAUGGCUGAUUCGGCAUUCAUCGUUGGACUCAAGUUCUCUUUCCAGACACCCUCAGAUCUAUACUUCGUUACUGACUACAUGUCGGGAGGCGAACUCUUCUGGCAUCUCCAGAGGGAAGGCCGCUUCCAGGAGGGUCGUGCCAAGUUCUACAUUGCAGAGCUUAUCCUUGCCCUGCAACAUCUGCACGAGCACAACAUCGUGUAUCGCGAUCUCAAGCCCGAGAACAUCCUCUUGGACGCCAAUGGCCACAUCGCCCUUUGUGACUUCGGUCUGUCCAAGGCUAACCUCACCGAGAACGCCACCACCAACACAUUCUGCGGAACCACAGAGUACCUCGCACCCGAGGUCCUUCUGGACGAACACGGUUACACCAAGAUGGUCGAUUUCUGGUCGCUCGGUGUGCUAGUCUUCGAGAUGUGCUGUGGAUGGAGUCCUUUCUACGCAGAAGACACCCAGCAAAUGUACAAGAACAUCGCGUUCGGAAAGGUCAGGUUCCCCCGGGACGCCCUCAGCACUGAAGGUAGGAAUUUCGUCAAGGGACUUCUCAACAGGAACCCCAAGCACAGGCUUGGUGCCACACGCGAUGCCGAGGAGCUCAAGGCUCACCCCUUCUUUGCCGACAUCGACUGGGAGGCUCUGGGCAAGAAGAACGUGGUACCGCCAUUCAAGCCCAAGCUCAAGGGAGAGCUCGACGUUUCCAACUUCGACCCCGAGUUUACUAAUGCUCUCAACGGUGCUGGCUCUUUGAACGCCCGCGCGGCGGCCCUGGCCUCCGGAGUCAACCCCGCAUCCACGCCACUGUCACCGACUAUGCAAGCAAACUUUGCUGGCUUCACCUUUACCGACCAGAGUACAAUGGAGCAGCAAUUCGGAAACGACAGACAAAGGACCGACGCCCUGGAGCGAAUGGACGAGGAUGAGACGGACGAAGUCAACUGGGACCGACCUGCUGGACGCGGAGAUAGGAUGUCCGGUAUCGUUCCCAGCAAUGAGCACGACGUCUUCAACCAAGGCCAAUUCGAUGUAUGA